UGAAAUAAUAGAAAUUGCAAGCUCGCAUCCUAAUUUACUUAGUCUUUCUUUUGAAGGUAAAGGUCCUGAAGGUGGUAAAAUUACAAACUUAUCUAUAAAAAAAAUUGCCGAAUUAUGUCCCAAACUUCAAUAUUUUAAUAUAUCUGAACGGGAGAAUAUAACUGACGAAUCUAUUUGUAUAUUACUACAAUUAUGUCCCAAUUUGCAAGAACUUAUUCUUGAACAAUGUAAUAUUACCGAUACAACUAUUAAUACUAUUAUAAAUUUACGUCACAAUCUUCAGAAACUUAAUAUUAUAUAUUGCGACCAGGCAGUAGAUAAUCUACUUGCUAUUAGAUUGGGUUGGGAUACAUCCUUAAAUCUUAUGUGA